AGCUGUGGCUUAAUUAAUCCUGGUUGGUUCAAAUAGAUUAUAUGAAAGAAACAGAAUGAAUCCUAAAUAAUGAGACAUGUGAGAUAUUAUAUUGAAGGUUUCACCGCAUUAAGAAGCCUCAGAGGGGAGGGUACUUAAAGGGUUUUUAUGGAAACACCGAGUUCCCCUUAAAGCCUAGACUGUAAGUCUGCAGCCCGGACCUCCCCUUUAACGCUGCUCCUCCGCCAUGUCUCCUCCUGAGUCGGCUCAACACAACAGCCCCAAACAUCCUCCGUGUGCCUCUCCGUCCGCCGUGUCACCAGCCCGAGUCUUUCCCCCUGCCAUGCCCCGGGUCACCUCGCUGCUGCCGGCCCUGCUGUUCGCCCUGCUGCCCGGUCUGAGCCAGGGCUAUUUCCCCGAGGAGCGCUGGAGCCCCGAGUCUCCGCUCCUCGCUCCCCGGGUCGUCAUCGCGCUGAUCUGCCGCAACUCUGCGCACUCUCUGCCGCUGUUCCUGGGAGCCAUCGAGCGCCUCAACUACCCCAAGGACCGCAUCGCACUAUGGGUGGCGACAGAUCACAACAUCGAUAACACCACCGCCAUCCUGAGAGAGUGGCUCAUCAAGGUGCAGAACGACUAUCACUAUGUGGAGUGGAGGCCUGAUGAAGAGUCCAGUGCCUUUGAAGAUGAGGUGGGGUCUAAGCACUGGAACAACCUGCGUUAUGAACAUGUGAUGAAGCUCCGUCAGGCGGCGCUGGAGACCGCCCGUGAGGUCUGGGCUGACUACCUCCUGGUGGCUGACUGCGACAACCUGCUCACCAAUCAGGAUGUGUUGUGGAAACUGAUGAGAGAGAAUAAAACCAUUGUGGCGCCCAUGCUGGAGUCUAGAGCAGCGUACUCCAACUUCUGGUGCGGCAUGACGUCACAGGGUUACUACAAGCGCACGCCGGCCUACAUGCCCAUUCGUAAACUGGAGCGGCGUGGCUGUUUCGCCGUCCCGAUGGUCCACUCCACCUACCUGUUGGACCUGCAGAAAGAGGCUUCCCGUCAGCUGGCCUUUCAUCCACCACACCCAGAGUACAGCUGGGCACUGGAUGAUGUCAUCGUCUUUGCUUUCUCAGCUCGCAUGGCCGACGUGCAGAUGUAUGUGUGCAACAAGGAAACGUACGGGUAUUUCCCCGUCCCCAUGCGUUCUCAUGCUUCCCUUCAGGAUGAGACUGAGAGCUUCCUGCACACUCAGCUUGAGAUCAUGGUGAAGAAUCCUCCGUUGGAGCCGUCCAGCUUCCUGUCUCUUCCUCCCAAGCAGCCCAACAAGAUCGGCUUUGAUGAGGUGUUCAUGAUCAACCUGGUGCGGAGAACUGACCGCCGUGAGCGGAUGCUGAGAGCGCUGUACGAGCAGGAGCUCAGCUGUAAGGUUGUUGCUGCUGUGGAUGGCAAGUACAUAGUAGAUCGAGGUUUGCAGACCUCCCUCGUCAUUGAGGACGACCUCCGCUUCGAGGUGUUCUUCAGACGGCGUCUACAGGCGCUGCUGCAGGAGGUGACGACACACAAGCUGGACUGGGAUCUCAUCUACAUCGGGAGGAAGCGGAUGCAGGUGGACCACCCCGAGACGUCUGUACCAAAAAUCCACAAUCUGGUGGAGGCGGAUUACUCCUACUGGACUCUUGGCUACAUGUUGUCAUUACAGGGAGCCCAGAAACUGCUCAGAGCCCAACCUCUGACAAAGAUGCUUCCUGUCGACGAGUUCCUCCCUGUCAUGUACAACAAACAUCCAAUCUCAGACUACAUGGACCACUUUGAGAGACGGGACCUCCGUGCCUUCUCAGCCGAGCCACUUCUGCUGUAUCCGACCCAUUACACAGGAGACCUGGGCUACAUCAGUGACACGGAAACCUCUGUGGUCUGGGACAACGAGACUGUCAGGACCGACUGGGACCGAGCCAAGUCGAGGAAAACCCAGGAGCAGGGGGAGCUGAGCAUUGAGGCCCAGAACUCGGAUGUGCUGCAGUCUGAACUGGAGAACUGGAGCGCACGAGACGAGCUGUGACCACAAGGAGCAGACACCAGGAGAAUAAAGCUGUGAUAGUGGGAGGAGAGGAGGUGAUGGAGGGAGUCUAACAGGAGAGUUUCUCUCUCUCCCUGGUUUGAUCCUCCUCUGCAGAGAGGAGGUUACAUGUAGAGUUAACUCCUCAGCUAACAGCUAGCAGCUUGUUUUAUUUAUUGCAUCACGUUGACCCAUUGACCUCAGCCUGCUCCAACAGUAGUUUCAUAUUAAGGUAUGAUUGUGUUCAGAUAUACUGAAAGAUGCAGCUCCAGGGAAAUUAAGAGACCACUGUUGAAGUUCUUGAUGGAAAUAAAGUUUUUAAAAUUUUAUUCUAUUCGGCAUUUCUCCCGAAUUCCAAAUCAAAAUCUCUCAUUCAGUUUUCUUCUUGCUGAAAAGGACGACUGGUUAAGAAAACCAAAACAUGCAGACUUUUUCAAACCGCUGAUGAUGCAAAUUGCAAUUUUUAAUACAUUUUGAUGAAGAGACAUGACGUGUGGAGAGAGAGAGCGGUGGGUCAAAGGCUGAAGUGUCUGAUAGACCAUGAGCUAAACCGGCGCCGCUGUUUUUUUCCCAACAACAGAAUGUUUUAACUAAGGAAGAGUUCAGAACCAAGAUUACCAACGCUUACAAAUAAAGAAACCUAAACCUGAACUUCACUUUACUUUUUACACCGAGACGUCAACCGACAGUAACGUGACCAACUGUAGGAAUAAAAAGUCAAACACUGAUUUAUGAACUCUUCCUCCUAUGUUUAAAACAUUUAUCUUCUGUUGUUUAAAAGUGAAUAAUGAGAAUAUUGGGUUUGGAAGUUUGGAGAAAUAAUUAAUAUAAUCAAACCAAAAAAGUAGAAGAGCAGAAAUAAUAGAACUAGAAACAUAUUUAUAAAGGAAGAAUGUGCAACUUCAAUGUUGCAAUGUGUGAUCUCCGCUCUCCUCCAGUGGCACACCUUCAACCCACCUCCACUCGAGUUUACAUGAAGGAGUCAAGCAGCGAACAAAAUUGUCCUUGGCUAGAGCUGCAAUCAACUGUGGCCUGCAUUGUUGUGUUAGCAGGCUAAUGUUAGCGCUCUUUAGUUAGCUCUUUUUUGUUCACAUUGCCUGUGGUCUGCAUUGUUGUGUUAGCAUGCUAAUGUUAGCGUUCUUUAGUUAGCUCGUAGCUUCACAUUGCAUGUAAACUGACACAGAAUGAGCGUGAUCUAAAAACUCUUACUAACAUCCAAAUAAUCAGUGAGUAUGUUCUUCUUCUCUCUAGUCCUUGACUAAAACAGCUUUUAUACACAAGGGGAGGAGCUGGCCUUCCCAUCCAUGUAAACACGGCUCUGACAACAACACAGCCAGCGGGACUCGAGCUUCUCACUCAUUGUAGACAGUCAUGACUCAGAGACACAUUUACACAGAAUAGACUUGAUUUAUGAUGUGUAAUAUGCCGCACAUUCUUCCUUUAAAGUGGUCUCUUCAUUUGUUGGGCUGAUGUAAAUAAAAAACGUUUAGAAUCUAAAAUCAAACUGGAUCCUCACUUUCAACAUUCAAUCUGCGGAGGACCAAGAUGUUCACCUCUCUUUUUUUUCUCUUCUUCUCAGGCGGUAACGUUAAACACCUUCAUGUUUUUCUGAGAGUUACCCAUGUUUUAUUUAAGUAAUUUCUAUUUCAUCCCUGCUGACCGCCAGAGGCGGUGCUUAAAGCACUGAAUAUUCCCUUCGUGCAUGCGCAGUUCGAGUAUGUCUACCAACAAUGUCACUUGUGACCUCUGGAUGACCCGAGAGAGGUUAUAUCUUCCGGUGUCAUCCGGGGUUCUGUUCCUUUUUCUUCUCGCGUGCAGUUUGCAUCUACUCCUAGAGCAUUAGCCGAAGCUAAUUGUAUGGAACUUACUAAAAAAGGAAAAAAAAGAACAACAUUUGUUGAACUACUUAAUAACAGUCGCUGGUAGCCUUGGCACCGUAUUGGUCGGAGCAGCGAAGUUUUCGCCCUCCAAGGGCUGCGACGGCCGUCCAACCCUCUUUAGGGAACGGUUUGUUUUGUUUGUACCUGACACCGGUAGGGUAGCCUCUCACUCCCCCCUACGGACGUAAGGUGCAUGUUUCGUUUUAUUUAACUUUCCUGGCAAAUUAGUGGCUAAGUUUGUGUUUACAAUCCUUGACGGUGAAGGCAGCGUUGCGCUUCCCACUCCCGGUACCGGUGGGUAGCCUACUUUGUUUAUUCCGUAACUCUGUCAAUGAAAAGAAUUAAAGAAAUAGAGAUAGCAGAAGCGCUGAGUGAACGGGUACAUUACUUUUGUUUGUGUUUAAUUAUUGCAACCUCUGCCAAUGUAGGCGGCGUACGCGCCCUCUUCUCCCGGCUUACGGUGCCGAAAUUAGUUGGUUAGCGACAGCUAACUGGUUAUAGGCUACCAUUAGUUACUCUCAAGCCUCUGCUGGAGAAGGCAUCGUUAGCGCCCCGUCUCCCAGUUUAUGGUGUGAUGCUAAAUUGCCUGUAGCAUCCUUGCUAGGGCUGACUGGAAUUUAACGUUAAACGGAGCAGUCACUCAAACCUUUGCUGUUGUAGGCGGCGUCCGCGCCCCCUUCCCUCAGUUUACGGUUUGUUGGCCUAGUUCACGGUCGCAUCCGGACUGAAGCAAAUCACUGUAGUGACAGCUAGUCACUCCCACAUCUGCUGUGCAGGCGGCGUUUUAUGCCCUCUUCCCUCAGCUUACGGUAGUGUCUGCCACAAUGGAUGAGUGUCAUUAUUGUGCUGCCUGUGGAGUUUCUCUUCAGGCUGAUGAUGGCCAUGACCACUGCCCGAUGUGCCUCGGUCCUGACCACCUGAGGGAGAGUCUUUCGGAAAGCCCAUGCAUGAACUGCAGCUACAUGCCUCGAGCACUGAGAGCUGCAAGAUUGCCGCAGGUUUGGCCCUCAGUAGGUGAGGGUGACCUCCCUGCAUCAGCCCUGUUGCCUCCAGCCCAACCUAGGCGUUCAAGAUGACGGGCUGCUGCAGCUGCCCCCUUCAAGAAGAAAGCGAAGACGGAACGUAAGCUUUUUUCCGAAGUGGAUCGACUGUCAGCUGAACUGGCGGAGAUGAGGUCCCUCUUCCAAGCUCGUCAGUCGGAGACCUCAAACUCGGAACAUGUAGAGGUGGCCAUUCCACCCAUGCUUGUGCUGGUCCCGGAGGAUGAUGUCCUCUCCCUGGCAGCUUCAGCCUCUCAUUUCCAUGAUGAUGAGGGGGACAGUGCCUCCCUAGCCUCUGAGCCAGGCUCCCAUUCCUCAACUCAGAGCUCAUUCAGUGAGGGUGGGGACAGCUCCAUGCAGGCCACCAUGCGUAUGGCCCUGGAUCGCCUGCAGCUGGAAAUACCUCAACAGGCUGAAUCAGCUCCUGAAAGCGCCUUCUUCAGGCGCAGGCGGGACUCCACCGCGUUUGAUGUUCCCCCCAUAGGGGAAUACCUGAGGGAGUUCCAUGCUUGUUAGAGAGAUACUGGGGCUCACUCCCGUCUCUCAGCUGAGGCUGCAUGAGGCGGCAAGAGUUGGCCUUGAUCGGAUACCGGCUGUAGAGCCUACCAUCGCAUCCAUCAUUGUCUCCUUAGGAGGCACUGCGGCCAGCUGUCAGGUGCCCUCGACCCCAGUGUCGGGUCACAGGUCACCUUCUCACCAGGGCUUAUAAUGCCGGAGCGUGUGCUGGCCAUAUUGGCAACUCCCUGGCUCACCUCAUGUUUGCCCUCUCUGCUUCCCUGCAGGAGGGUGGAGUCGAGGCUUCCUCCAUCAGCCUCAGUGAUGCAUCAUUGCAGGCUUUUGCCCUAAUGUCAAGGGAACUUGGAAGGAUGAUGUCCUUCCUGGUUCCUGACCCUCAGGAGUGUUCCGGUGGCACCAGGGGAGCUGUGUGGGUCAGCUGCGCUGGAGGCGCUGGAGCGAACCGUUCAAGCUCCGCAGACUAGGCAGCAGCUUUCGAGUCUGAGCAGAAGCAUGCCUUCCCCCUCAGCAGGCCUAGGGGCCCCUCAACUGCCCCUUGAGCCCACCCACCACCACGGUCUCACUCCACUGGCUGACAUGGGCCUCCGCAUCCCGCACAGAGGCCGGCCAGGGACUUUCGUGCCAGGGACUUUCGUGCCAGGGACUUUCGUGCCAGGGACUUUCGUGCCAGGGACUUUCGUGGCACUGCCCACUCGUCCUACAGGCCACCUCGAGCCCCGGAUCCUAUCCGACGCUCCUCCAGGGCCUCUAGAGGCCAGGGGUACCGAGACUGAGGUUUCGGGGCCGGCUGUCGGGUACUUUUCCCACCAGUAGCUCGGAUAUUGGGCUGCAUACGCUUCAGACCCCUGGGUGGUUGCCACCUUAACCCACGGGUACAAGCUACAGUUUUGACGGCGGCCCCCUUCCUCCGGCCGGGUCAAACACACAAUCAUCAGCGACCCGGCAAAAGCCCUAGCGCUGGACCAGGAGUUAUCCGCCCUCCUGGCCAUGGGAUCUACCUCUGGUGCUGGACGCCCUAUGCCAGCCUCCCUUUGAGCCCUUGGCACGGGCAGAGCUGAAGUGGGUGUCAUGUAAGACCGCAUUCCUACUGGCCAUUAUUUCAGCUAAGCGCGUCAGUGAGUUACACGCUCAGUCAAUAAGCGCCUCAUGCCUGAGGUGGACGGUUCAGGUGUCACUCUAUGGCCGAACACAGAGUGAAUGUUGCCACUCCCCAUCCACUGGGGGUGACCCUCCUGCUGGAGUCCUCCAAUUCUGCUCAAUGAGGUAGAUAAGCAGGAUUCCUCGUGACUUUGCUGGUAUAAAUCAUUCAGUGCUUUAAGCACCGCCUCUGGCGGUCAGCAGGGAUGAAAUAGAAUGAAAGUUACGAAUGUAACUACGGUUCUAUGAAUCCCGAAUGACCGCCAGAGCGCUCUGUCACUCAGAAUCGUUGUGAUCCCACGAGAAGAUUCUGUAGGAACAGAACCCUGGAUGACACCGGAAGAUAUGACCUCUCUCGGGUCAUCCAGGGGUCACAAGUGACAUUGUUGGUAUACAUACUCGAACUGUGCAUGCGCGAAGGGAAUAUUCAGUGCUUUAAGCACCGCCUCUGGCGGUCAUUCGGGAUUCAUAGAACCGUAGUUACAUUAGUAACUUUCAAAUUUUUUUUCUUCUCUCUCAUGAACGUGUCCAUGUUUUAUUUUAUCUGCUGAUCUAAAGGUUUCAUGGUUUUAGUAAAUGUCGCAGAUUCAUACUUUCUUUUUUAUACCUUCAGAAAAUGUAACAUAUUUUUUCUCUGUUUACAGAGAGUCUGUCUGUAACCAAAGACUGAAUAAAAUCGUUUUAUAAUGAAA